UUUUGUGUUCAAAUAUAUAUGAAGAAGUCGUGUCAGCUUCAAACACAAGAGGUCUGAAAAUGGCAAAUUUUGUAGUGCAACUUCCAAAUAACCUGCGUUUGCGGAGCUUCACUGUCUCGUCCUCCUCUAACGGGUCAACUCCUGGUGUGCCUCAAUCAGCGGGGCCAGUGAUUCUUGAACUUCCCCUUGAUAAAAUCCGAAGGCCACUCAUGCGUACCAGAGCUAAUGACCAGCAAAAAGUGAUGGAACUGAUGGAUAGCAUUAAGGAAAUCGGGCUUCAAGUACCUAUUGAUGUGCUUGAGGUGGAUGGAGUUUACUACGGGUUUUCUGGUUGUCAUCGCUAUGAAGCUCAUCAGCGGCUUGGCCUUCCAACUAUUCGUUGCAAAAUUCGUCGUGGAACAAAAGAAACCUUGAGGCACCAUCUUCGAUAAGAUCCUGCUAAAUUACUCUAAAUGGGAGAUACAUGAUAAUAGAUUGUCUUCCAACACUGAUGAUGUAUAUGUAAUGUAUAUGCAUACAAAAUUUGCCAAUGUUUGAUGUAUUCAGUACCUAAAGUUGGAGUUUGUACAUUAGACAUGGUUGAUGAUGCAAAAGAAGAUAAUGAGUUUAUGCAUUGCUAUACAAAUCCCAGGCCAUAACUACACCAGUAAACCAAAGCAACAUUGCACAAUUGUUGUUUCACUUUCCCUGGAAGGGAUUCUCAUCUUUCUCGUUCUUCCCCUUUGCUAUGGGCUACUAUUUGGUAAAAAUGCCCCCUUAUGUUUCUCUCAUGGUAAGAAAAACUUCAAAUAAAGGCUCAAGCGACAUAUUGCAGUUCUUCAAAAGGAUAAGAACCAGUGACAAAUCACCAGACCAUGCUGGUUUGUUUGGUUGGGUUGAGGUUGUCGAUCAUUGAAGAGGCAGAGGCUGGAUAUUAGAAAUUUAUGAUUCUUGUUCUUCUUGUAUUGGUUUUUUCCCCCCUCCCCUUCAAUUCCAUUUAUAGAGCAGAAUAGUCAAGGAAGGUAAUUGUGCCAAGGCGAAGACACUAGUGCAAUGGUGAAACUUAGAACUCGAGGAUGCUACAUGAGACAAGUGGGAUUACAUUAUGUAGCGAUGUCCGAAUUCAUUACACAACAAAUGCAAAUUGAGAUAUUUCAUACUUA